AGCAUCUAUUACUCUUCUACAUCCACGAAUAACCAUAUAUUUCACCGUAAUCAAACUACAAAAAGGUAAAACAGUAACUAACACCUUCGCUUUAGUCUCGCUGAAACACGACGUAAACGUGCGCUUCCUUCUGUAUUCAAUUGGCAGGUGUUGGCGCUAUAAUAUUUUUCCUUUGCUUUUUUUGCUUUUCCCGUCUUUUCCUUUCCCUGUGAUCGGACGUCUUCAAAAGAAAGACCCCCCUUCUCCUCGCUUGAUCACUUAAUAAGUAAGCAAGUAUUAUAUAUAUUUAUAUAAUACAAGAGAAGCUCAAGGAAUAUACAUCAGCCAAUUGCCGCAGUUACACCGCAGCUGCUCGUCUUUACUGCCACACACACACACACACACACAACACGCAACUGUGAUUCUUUCUGCCGUUGUGUUUGUCGUCACCUUCUCUCUGUUUCUUCCACUCCCCACUGUUGUUGCCGGGUUGUUGCUUUCUUCGAAAUUCGCUCCCCGUUUUCCCUCUCCGAGUUCCUCUUCCAGCGCUUUUCUUUGUUGACCGCCCCCUCCUCCCUCAUAUUAUUAUUUUUUUAAGGGAACGACCAAAACAAGCACAAAAACGUCCAACUCAACGAGGAAAAACAAAAACCCCGAGGAAAUAAAGCUGCAACACUAAUUAAACGGGGCCGAAGGCAGCGAAACGAUAGAAGGAGAGAGAAAGAGCAACACAAGAGUAGUAGAAAAAGGGAAGAAAAAACCAAAGCAGCGCACCCACGAUUAUCAGAUUUGUAGUGUGCACCUGCGCUUUUGUUCUUGUUGAGUUAAACUGUUAAAGACAUACUAUUCAAUUUGCUUACGUGAGCACUGUGUGUUUCUUGUUCUGAAGGAUCAAGAGGCCGAAGCUAGCUGUAGGCGCAAGUUCUGUGGCUUUGCUGAACUACAUAUCUGCGUUUUUCCUUCUAGCAGGUCUUUUUCUUGAUUAUUUCGGACCUCAUCAUUCAAGACACACACACACAUCUGAGGCAAAUUUCUUUUUUUUCUGGGACAGAGACAUUUAGAAAGAAAGCUUUUUUCUCCAUUCUUUCCCGUUCACUGCAACCUGCAGGAUUUUUUUUCUCUGCUCCUCACACGUUUCUCUGAAACUCCGCCGACAAACGAAGGAUUUGGGCAGCGUUUAGUGUUCUCCAACGCAAUCGAAUAAACAAAACGCCCUUUUUAUUUUGAAGUACACAUUUUUGUUUUCUCUCCAAGAAAGAAAAGAAAGCGGAGGCAAUCGAUCAGUACGACAAACGAAUACAUACAUUGAUAAGGCAAAGGACAAUGUCUGACUCUCUCGGUGUCCGCGAAAACUUUGGUGAGCAGCAGCAGCCGAUGCAGAUAAACCGCAGCGUCUUUGAGGCGAUGCAGAGCCAAAUGCACAUGCUGCAGAUGCGAGUGGAGACGCUGGAGCAGCAGGUGGCGAUGCUGUCUGCACAGGCCGUUGCUGCCUCGCGCUCCUUCCAGCCCUACCCAAAAAUGCCCUACGGCAUGGCACCCGCCUCCGCCACCGCCGCGACGGCCUCGCCGACGGCCGGCAUGCCGCCCACGCUGCCAAGCAACGUUUAUUUCUACCCGCAGGGCAACGUGGUGAAUGCUGGGCCGGAGAAGGGGAACAUGUCGCGGCAGCUGGAGGCGGAGCUGCAGCGCAUGGGCGUUCUCACGAGCGGCAACGCGGCUGCUGCGGCCGCAGCAGCAAACAAAGCGAAUGAGGAGGCGGCUGCCAUGGCUGCCAUGGCGAUGAUGCACGGCAACUUGAUGGGCUCGCCGACCAGUGGCGCGCCGGCUUUCUCGGGCAUGAUGCCACACCUCAGCUCGCCCAGUGUGCCGAGCUCGGGCAUGCCUUUCAUGCCGGGUCAGCCGGAGAUGCCGUUCACUUCGCCCGUGAUGCCGGCGCCGCCGGCGUCGUCGCCAACGAAGAUGAGCAACGCGCUGCUGAACAAGGCGUUUGGCUUUGCGGAAGCGAACAUGACAAACGGCGGUGGGUCGGACGGCAUGAACGCGAACAUGAACAGCCUGCAGCGCAGCUGCACCGUCACCUUGGAUCCGCUGCAGAGCACCACCGAGACGCUCGAGCAGGCAUGCCAGCAGAAGAAAAUCCGUGUGCUGUGCAUGAAGAGCUGCAAGGGAAUCACCAACCUGACAGCCAUUUCGCGGCUGCAGAACCUGUGGUUGUUGAACCUGCAGGGCUGCUCGCACUGCGUAGACGACAACGCCGUGCGGAUGAUCGCCACCCACAACACACGCCUCAGCCGCCUGAACCUGUGCGGGUGCGACCGCGUAACGGAUGCGAGGCCGCUGGGGCAGCUGUCUUUCAUGUUCGACCUGAACCUGUCGGGCACCAACAUCAAUAACUCGUCCCUCGAGGCCAUCUCGCACGGUUGCGGACAGCUGAGUCGCCUCGCGAUCAACAGCUGCGUCCAACUCACCGACCUGUCCAGCGUGAAGCACUUGUCGGAGCUGAAACUGCUGUACUGCCGCUACUCCGAGCACAUCGAUCCGGCGACGAUCGGCGCUGCGCUGGAGGGCAUCGGUCAGAAUCUGUUGACCCUCAACGUGGACGGCAUUCGCUUCCGCCAGCUGCAGCUCGACCACCUGCCGCCGGUCGUGGCGCUCAAGAACUUCAAUUGCAAGGACAACACGCAGCUCGGUGACCUGGAGUGGAUGUUCGGCACGCCGGCCGCCGCGACGACGUUUGAGUGCCUCGAGAUGCUGGACGUGGAGGGGUGUGAGUCUCUCGUGAAUCUGGGCUCGUACAUCACCUCCCUGAAGCGUCUCAAGACAAUGCGGCUGACGCACACCGGCAUCACAAAUGAGGAGCUCGUCCGCAUCGCCGACUGCCCAGCCCUGUCCAUCAUCCACAUCGAGGAGUGCGCCGGCGUGACGAACGUGGAGUGUCUGGCGAGGCUGCCCUCGCUUAGCAAAGUGGUGAUGGGCCUCUCCAUGCAGCACGAGGACCCCAAUGCGAACGGCGUCGCGACGCUGCGGCAGCGGCCCGGCGUCGAGGUGAUCUUUGCCGGGGUGAACAACCACCACGGCCCUAACGGCGGCGCCAACCGGAUGGGCACCACACCGACGACGAGCCCGACUUCGCGCUACACUCCGUCGAUGCCGACGGGCAGCCCUAACGUUGCGGGGGAAGGCAACAUGUUUCCCUAA